AUUCCUCUGAGGAUCGUGUUCUUUUUGGGGAUUUUUGCUGCUGUAGAUGUUGCUGCCAGUAUUGGUUUUAUCUUACUGAGGAUCAUAAUGUACGUAAUGAGAGACCAGUUUUACCCGUGGGACAUGCGGACCCCAUCGCCCGAAACUGAAUCCAGCUUUCUAACAGGACAGAUCUCUCUCCGGCUUAUAAGCCUAAAGUCUAGCUGUGGAACAAACGAUGUUUUUGUGGCUAUCGUCAUAGGAUUUUUAACAGGCCUUAGGCUGUAUACCCUUCUUUGUGCAUUUUCUUAUUACAAAAUUACCAAACACAGUGAUGCCAAACCCAUAACAACUAGCAGUUACUCCGAAAGUGUGCAAAAGUUUGGCGGAUUGGGAACAACACGCAGACAACGUAGAAUGGAAAUUGGUCAGUCUAGUUUCGAUCGAAUGAGUGACAUAUACGAUUACAUCCCUAGGCCAAAGCUUGGAGUGAAUACCACCAGUCUUCGGAAAGACAUAUACCCUCUCGAGACCCACAGAAGUACGAACACUCUUCGAUCGAACGGACGUGACUUACCAAGCGUCACUGCCACCACAUCAACAGAAGUAGAGGAAGAAGAAUCCGCAGGUUACACGAAAAUUGAGGCUGGAGACAUGCCGAAGUACAUGCAACGGAUAGCCUUAGAAAGUCUGGACCAGGCUGUGCGAAUUUUUACAACAGAAAAACAUAUUGCCGAAAACAUCAAAGAAAAAUUUGACGUAAUUUAUGGACCUACUUGGCAUUGUAUUGUUGGUAAAAACUGGACUGGUGCCACGACUCAUUCCAAACAAUGUUAUAUCAAACUAGCGAACAAAGACUUGAAGGUUUUACUCUACAAAUCAACCUCGUAGAAAAUCAGAGUUUAAUUAACUUCUCAACUAGUGCCAUUUUAAUGACAAAGUAGUCACGAAAAUGUUGGACAACGCUCAGUUCUAGUGUUUUGACUAAAGUAAUUCAAAAGCUUUUUUAAAAAACCUGUAAAAAAUUAAUAAAACCAUUAAAGUUUCUUGCAACAGAAUCUCAGAAAGAGAAUAUAUAGAGUUCCUUGUUGCGAAAUAUAUUGCUGUUUGUCCACAAAGAAGGAGUCAGAAGAUGACUUUUUUUACAGGGAUAGUUAAGUCAUUACGCAGCUAUUACUUUGUCUUUAAUAAUUAGUCAUUUUCUUUCUUUAGUUAUGUUUCGUAUAUUAAACUCAAUAUCCAAGUUCGUUUAGUCUAAAGUUGAAAGGCGAGAUGACACAACCACGCAUGCUCCAUUGCUAUGCCCCACUGCGCAGGUUAUUGUUUUCUCUGCAUAUCGCGAUAUUGGAUAACUAAAUCUUCCGAGUCUGUCUGUCUGAGCGCUGCGGAUCGCGGGUUCGAAUCCCCAUCCCACCAAACAUGCUCACCCUUUCAGCCGUGGAGGCGUUAUAAUGUGACGGUCAAUCCCACUAUUCGUUGG